AUCCACUUGUCCGACUACACACUAAUUGAGCUUAUUCCUACCAACAGAGACAUUAAUAUCAGUAUUUAAAAAAAAAACUAUUGCUUCUUAGCAAUAUAUAAUAGCAACACUGACACAAUUCCAACCCCCCUCUCCCUCCUAUCUCUCUCUCUCUCUCUGUGUAUCUAUCUAUUUAUCUCAGGUGGAAUGGUUUAUACGUUUUUGAGAAAACAAAUAGAUUACCUAAGGAAAGACAACAUGUAAUUAAAGGAAUGCUUGAUGGACAGUCGAGAAAUUCUCUAAUGAAACAAAAUUAUUUCACUCAGCGAGUAUACUUGUAUGUAUAAAACCUCCAGUAAGAAUUAUUUGCUACUGUCUUAUUGAAGUUUUAUUAUCUGCUUUCUGAAUGUUAUUGAAGUUUUAUGAAAGGGUGCUCCAUAAAUAAUGUGCCAGUCAGUGUGUCAGUCAAACUACACAAAAUACACCUAUACAAGCACGAUACACAUGCACACACACACACACACACGCGCGCGCGCGUGCGCACGCCUUUACACAAACAUUUCGCAGGUGUCUACAUAGAUAGGACAACUUCUGAACAACCUGCGUUGUAGUGUGUUGUAGGUCAGUGUAAAAUAAAGGGGAAAGGCAAAGGCAUUCUGUUUCUGAUAUGUUUUGAAUAAAAUGUCUGCUUAUUACGACCAAAGGAAGAACUAUUUACAUUACAAUAAUAACCAUUCUCGGAUUACUUCGGGUCCUGAAACUUGCCAUGCAUUAUCACCUGUCACUGUACAACAUUUAGCCAGAGAAUGGAUUAAAGAAGAUUCGCCAAAUUUUGAUUUCGGGGGGUUCGUAGUAGGGGAGAAAAAAGUGACCGCUGCCUUGAUCAUGAGACAGGCUGGUGUGUUGGCAGGAAGACCAUUUAUAGAUGCUGUAUUUAAAGAGCUGGAGUGUGAAAUUGAAUGGCUUUACCCGGAAGGAACAUACCUGAAUCCAGUCCAAACAGUUGCGAUUAUCAAAGGCAGAGUACGGUGCUUGUUGCUCGGAGAACGUGUAGCCCUCAACUGUGCGUGCAGGGCAAGUGGACUAGCGACUUUGGCCCGCAAAUUGGCCCUGAAAGCUGAAGGGGUUGGCUGGAAAGGGAAACUGGCUGAUACACGCAGAACUACUCCGGGAUUCCGUCUAGUAGAGAAGUAUUCUCUUUUUGUUGGGGGUUUAGCAACCCACAGGUACGAUUUAUCUUCUAUGAUUAUCUUGCGAGACAACCAUAUAUGGACUGCAGGAAGUAUCCAAAAGGCUGUGAAAGAUGCUAAGCUUGUUAGUGGGUUUUCCAUGAAAAUUGAAGUAGAAUGCAGAAAUCUUGAAGAUGCUUUAGAAGCAGCUAAUGCUGGUUGUGAUGUUAUAUUAUUUGAAAACCCAACAGCAGAGGUUGCUAAAAAAUAUGCUGAAAGUUUGAAACAACAUUUCCCUGAUGUAAUGAUAGAAAUCAGUGGUGACAUUCCUGAAGAUUUGUUGGUAGACUACUGCAGUGAUUACAUAGACGUGAUUUCUUUAAAUCAACUAACAAUGGGAUAUUCACCAGUAAAUUUCACUCUGAAAAUGACAAAAUCAACAAAACUAUCCAUCAAUCAAAAUUAUAUUUGAGUGUGGCUUUAAAAGCAACACAAAAGGUCAGUAGAAGAAAGAUUAGUUGAUGAAAGAGAAACAGAAAAUUAAAAAAACAAAAGAAAACUGGUUAUUUAUUAGAGAAACACAUUCUGAAAAAAAUUGCAUAAAAUUUUGAAGAUACUAUGAUAUAAAUAUGUCAAGAAAAACUAAAAUGCAAAGUACUUAGAAAACAUUAGUUUAAUCUGUUUCAAAGAAAAAAUGCAAUGUAUAAAUCUAUUUUUCUUUUUUGCUUUUUCUUUUUCCACAUUGGAUGAGGCAGAUGUAAUGAAUUCAGCCAUCUUGUAUGUUUUUGAGUGACUUUGAAAUUUUUAGUAACAUGAACUGACUCUUCUAUAGUCGUAAACACACACAUACAUAUGUACACAAAUAUGUAUAUAUGCAUGCAUAUUUAUAUAUAUAUAUGCAUGCUUAUGGAUGAUUACAGAUUUUACAAAAUGUGUCUAGUUUAGCUUCUAUUUAAAUACAUGUAAAUACUAACUGCAUGAUUAAAAAAUUCUUUUAUGAAAUAA